AUGGCUCCUCAGAUGCCGAAUGCGUGUCUUACCUGCGCGGCGCAAAAGCGGAAAUGCGACAAGACGUUUCCAGCGUGCUUGAGGUGUGCUCGGUCAAAAACAAACCGGCAAUGUGUAUAUCGAGGUCCCUUUGAUGACCAACUUACGGACUAUAGGAGCGGACCGCUCGUUCCCAGUUCACCAUCCUUCAAAUCUGCAGUCAACUGCGAAAAAUGCCGGGCAGGAAAGCGCGCCUGCAGCAGGGACUUGCCGGUCUGUUUAAGAUGUAAAAGACAAAAUACGCCCUGCGACUAUGAGCUCGGCAAAGCUUACUCGGUUGACGCAAACCGUCGAAGUAUACCGGUUCAAUCAUGGUCUCCUCGAAAUAGAUUAUCAAAAGUCGCCAUCAGUCCUCAACCUUUCGAAGACCUGGAGCUGUCUAGAGUCAGACAUUCCGUAUCCCCCCUCGCACUGUCCGCACCCCAGUAUAAGCUGCGAUACCCUAUACCCGAACGUGAUUAUUUUCCGAAAUUAAUCCGUUAUUACACCGAGGCUUGCUGUAUGCCAUCCAGCUAUGUUGUACAGGACAGCCUCAUGGCGCACAUCAAUAGCUUUUGGAUGAGUCGAGCCCUAGCGGAUCCCUGUCUGUUUUCCACACUUCUCUACAACGCAUCGGCCCACCGGGACAUGGUUCAUGGUAUACCACAUACCUACCAAACGUUAUAUCAUCACUCGCAGGUGUUGAAGAUCUUGCGCAAACGGUUAGAAGAGGGCCGCCAAAUUACCUAUGAAACGGCAGCCUCUGUGAUUUCUUUGACCUUUUACAGUAUGAGUGGAUAUAACACGGACUCUGCCCUUAUACACAGGAAUGGUCUGUUGCAUAUGCUUGCGAAGAGCCAGAAUCAAGGCCCGGAGUUUGAGCCACUGACAGCCUUGGCGAACUUAAUACUCCUAGGUCUUACGGUAGUAGUCAACGAAGAUCCGCCGAUCAUCCCCCCGGUCAACACAUCAACACAGACUGACGCGUUCACGUUCAAGCCCGGCUGUAUGCCCUCGAAUCUGCUCCGACGCGCAGUGAGAUCAGGGAAUCGAGACAGCCUACUCAGCAGCGAGACUGUUUUCGAACUGCAAGACGUCCUCGAUUUCAUCGAUAAUGCCGAGCACGUCCCGAUAUCAGACUUAUAUACCCUCCACGCCACCACCAGAACCAAACAUCCCACAGAAACCAGUGCCAAAGCAGAAUCUCCCAGUCCUACCAGCCAAACGGCCCGAAUCAUAAACGAAUGCUGUCAUCUAGCGACCGAUAUCUUCUGGUCUCUAGUGCAGAACGCAUUAUACCCUGAGAGUCCAUCUUCAGCAGAUGACCCAUCAACUCCAGUUCCACGCACAUCAUUGGAGAUGCUAGGCGCUGUUUUCCUAAAUCUAGACAUCUUAACGUGGAAGAAGCACAAUCCAGAAGCGUACCUGUGGGUUGCGCUUACUGCCGCAGCGGCCUGUGACAAGCCAGAGAGUCGCGCCUCGUUUGUUGCGGUAGUACCGCCUGUUUUAACCGCGGCGGAUACGAAGGAAUUGUCGCUUGCAAGGGAAUGCUGGAGGUAUUAUAAGUGGUUGAGUGGGAUUUCCUCCUCGCGGGCCGAGGAAAGGAAUGUGGAUAGGGGUCCUGUGACUGAGCUAGCUUGCUAG